UUUAAAAGUAAUUGUCAGUCCAUGAAAUGAAACAUGUUGGUGCAUGUUGACAGACCAUUAGUAAAAUAUUUGGGGUUUUUUUUCUUUAUAAAGCCAGAAUGUGACCAUAGUAGUAUGUCAAACCUGAUGACUCCAAAAUAAAACUGUAUAGUACUUCACAAUGUGACGUCACACGACAUUAUGGCUGCCAGCGGUACAUCAGUGACGGUUCUGGUUCCAAAUGGAAGAAGGCAAACAGUUAAAGUGUCUGCUAACACACCCUUAUUGCAGGUGCUGGAAGACGUUUGCAAGAAACACGGAUUUAAUCCAGAUGAUCACGGUUUGAAGUUCCAGAGGACUGUUGUUGACCUAUCCCUCCAAUGGAGGUUUGCCAACCUUCCUAACAAUGCCAAACUGGAGGUGGUGCCAAGUACAAGAAAACAGGUUACAUCCGAUGGCCAGGUGCGUAUUGCGCUCCAGAUGGAGGAUGGUUCUCGUCUCCAAGGCUCUUUUUCUUCUGGACAAAGUCUCUGGGAGUUGCUGACACAUUUUCCACAGAUCAGUUUGUCGCAAGCUGGAUCCACACCUGUGUGCGUUUACAUGAGAGAUGAGGUGUGUGGGGAGGAAGCUUUGAAGAAGGCCACCCUGAAAUCUCUCGGUCUCACAGGAGGGAAUGCAAUAGUCAGGUUUAUAAUUAAAAAAGAAAAACCAUCAGGAGAAAACGGGGAUGGAAAUGCAAACGUAGCUGUGCCAAUUCAACCUUGCACCAACAAAAUAUCACCUCUGUCAGCAUCUCAGCCAGAUCCUUCACCCAUAGUCAUUGAAACCGUGGAGCCGGUUAAAAAUGCAACUCCCAUUUGUCCAAUGGAAACCCUUCCAGAUCCAGAACCUGUUGCUGAUCAGGUCUGUGUCCCUCGAGAAGAGGUUCAAAAACAAGAGGAGGUAGUUCGGCAAAAAGUCUCUUCAGCUGAUAAAGAAGAGGAUGGAGAAAAGGCAGGGCCAUCAAGAGUUACAUCACAUCUGACCUCUUGCUCUGUUCCUGCUGCUGCGUUUGUUCCAUUUUCUGGAGGUGGUCAGCGCCUUGGGGGUUCUGCUGCAGAAGGACAUGUUUCCUCAUCGAUUUCAUCUCUCUCUUCUGUGGCGGAAUCUCCAAAACCCAAGAAAGCCAAACCAAACUACAGCACUGAAACCACGAAUCAAGCCACAACCAUGAAUUCAGAUGAAGACAUGAAUAAGGAGGAUGGGUUUUUGGAGCCGGUGGAGAGGGAACCACUGAUAUACCACCUUGAAUCUGUGACCCACCGCUCUGAAGGCCAGACUGAUCUGCCUGACGAGUUUUUUGAAGUGACCAUGGAUGACGUUCGCAAGCGCUUUGCUCAGCUGAAGAGUGAGAGGAAGUUACUAGAGGAGGCCCCACUCAUGACCAAAAGUCUUAGGGAAGCCCAGAUGAAAGAAAAGAUGGAGCGGUAUCCUAAAGUGGUCCUCAGGGUCCAGUUUCCAGACAGACAUGUUCUCCAGGGCUUCUUCAGGCCGAUGGAGACAGUCGGUGCGCUGAGGCAUUUUGUGAAGAGCCACCUGGAGGAUCCGCGGCUCAACUUCUACUUGUUUAUCACGCCUCCAAAGACGGUUCUGAACGAAUCAUCAGUGACUCUUUUUCAGGCGGACCUGUUCCCCGGCGCUCUGGUCUACUUCGGCUCAAACGCUAAGACAGAAUGUUACCUGAAGAGGGAGCUCCUGGGUUCGUCCGUCUCUCUUUCGCAAGCUAAUGACUCCAUAACCAGCUGCCUUCUUCACAGCGAGUCGCCUCUGUCCAGCGCUGCGGCACCACUGGAGUUAAUGGACGACAGCGUUGGGUCCAUGCAGGAGGAGCAGAGCUCACCCGCACACACGCUGCCUCCUCGACCGUCUCGGUCUGACCCGGGCAAAGUUCCCAAGUGGCUGAAACUUCCUGGUAAGAAGUAGAGCCUAUGCGACAGCACUUCAACCGAGGAAAGGAACUCCUCUCACAUGUUCCUCUAGCCAUGAGUGUCGGCCAAAUAUUAGCUUUUAAUUGCCAUUGCCAGUGACCAGAGUGGGGUGUGUACGCAGCACUUAGUUCCUCAUGAUGUUAAUAAAAAUGAUACCGUUUGGAAGGACUGUCGACGUUGUCUUUCUAAUGAUUUGCUGUGGCGCCACCGUGUGGGCAAGAUUGGAAAUGCUGUUUUAAAUCGGGUUUCAAAUCGAAUGAAAAAUAAAUGAUUGAGAUUUUUAAAACGACGCGUG